AAGAGCUUCAAAUGCAUUAAUCUCAAUACAUUCACGGAGUAGACGUACUGGUGCCUUCAAGGACCGUGGUCAAUUUCGCCUUAUUAUUAACGGGUACGACUGAUUUACGUACGUAAAAAGGUCCUCAAUUUCCCUUAAUUAUCUUAAACUGAGAUGUUUACUACAAGAGAGUCCCCUCAUCCGAGACAAUAAAUGGCGGAGGAGCGGCACUCCCACCUCGGCGUCGCCUCUUAAAAACCUCGUGCGGUUCAUUAUUAAUUUGACGAAGCGUGUGGCUGAUAUGAAGCAGCUCCGUGUGUCUCUGGUGGACUUAACAGUGCAGCUGGGGCCGCCCGCCCGCCCGCCGCUGUGAGCACGGCGGAGGUGACAUCACGCGUCCCCCGGCGCUGACGACGAGCAGGCAGCGGAGAGCGUUGCCCCCCUAGCUGGGCAGAAAUGACAGCGUGAGCGCCGCAGCCAUUAUCGGAACACUGUGGGAGUGUUUUUUUUUCUUUCAUUAAAAAUAUUAUUCCCUAAAAGACGGCCCCGCAAACGCAUGACGCCGCGAUUACCUCUAAAAUCCUGCUGCGGUUUUCAGCUGUGCGCGGCGCCUCGGCUCGUCCUCAGCUGAUCUUACGAUCGAGAGCAACCUGCGUGUUUGAUUCCGCAGGAAAAAAAAAAAAAAAAAAGAAUUAACGACGCUGCCCGGGACUGCGCUCAGAAACGGCCCCGUAACACCCGCAGUGCACUGAGCGGAUAAAUAAUAUAGAUACAUAUUUUAAAAUGACAGGAUACUGAGUUGACGCCGCUGCACGUCGAAUCCACGCACGCCUUUAUUUAUUGUUUUGGACAGCCGCUCCGAGACGAUGCCUCCCUCGUCUGACAGUCACAUGCGAUAGGCUGCAUGUGAACGCGGCUGCCGGAGCGACCGAACAUGGGAUGCAUCGGGGCCUUUCUGCAGAGAAUAAGGCGCGGGAUGAAGCUGGACCGGUUCAGAGAGCUGGGCCGACAGUACCCGCUGUUCUGCUUUCUGCUGCUGGCCCUGCUGCUGUCCACCGUGCUGUUAAACAGAUAUAUACACAUUAUAAUGGUGUUCUGGUCCUUCCUGGCUGGAGUCGUCACCUUCUACUGCUCUCUGGGGCCAGAGUCUCUGCUCCCCAACAUCUUCAUGUCCAUCAAGCCAAAGAGCAAGUCCUACCAACAGGAGCUGUUUCCGCUGGGCCACAGCUGUGCUGUCUGUGGAAAAAUCAAAUGCAAAAGGCACAGACCGACUUUAUUACUGGAAAACUACCAGCCAUGGCUCGACCUGAAAGUUCCCUCUAAGGUGGAUGCGUCUCUUUCAGAGAUUCUGGAGCUGGUUCUGGAAAACUUUGUGUAUCCAUGGUAUAGAGACAUCACUGAUGAUGAGGCGUUUGUGGAUGAACUGAGGGUGACUCUGCGCUUCUUUGCAGCUGUGUUGGUCCGCCGAACCCAGAAGGUGGAUGUGGCGUCCCUCAUCACGCGAAAGCUUCUCAAAGUUUCCAUGAAGCACAUUGAAAUAAUCAGCAAGGCGAGACAGAGAGUGAAGAACUCUGAGUUUCUUCAACAAGCAGCCCUGGAGGAGUACGGCCCGGACCUCCACGUGGCCCUUCGCAGCCGCAGAGAUGAGCUCCUCUACCUGAGGAAGCUGACGGAGAUGCUCUUCCCCUACAUCCUGCCGCCCAAGGCUACAGACUGCAGAUCUCUUACUCUCCUGAUAAGAGAAGUCUUGGCUGGUUCUGUCUUCCUUCCUUCAAUGGACUACUUGGCCGAUCCUGACACAGUGAAUCAUUUGCUUUUGAUAUUUAUCGACAACUCCCCCCCUGAAGAGGCCACAGAGCCCGCUUCAACAUUGGUUCCUUUCCUGCAGAAGUACUCCGAUAUCCGCAACAAAAAGCCCUCUCAGGUGCUGAAGCUGGAGCUGAAGGAAAUCCGAGAGCAGCAAGACCUUCUCUUCCGCUUCAUGAACUUCCUGAAGCAAGAAGGGGCCGUCCACGUGCUCCAGUUCUGCCUCGCGGUUGAGGAAUUCAACGACAGGAUAUUGUGCCCGGAGCUGUCCGACUCGGAGAAGAUGAUGCUCCACGAGGAGGUGAAGAAGAUCUACGAGACCUACUGUUUGGACGAGAGCAUUGACAAGAUCCGCUUCGACCCCUUUAUAGUGGAAGAAAUACGCAACAUUGCAGAGGGCCCGUAUCCGCAGGUGGUGAAGCUGCAGACCAUGAGGUGUUUGUUUGAGGCCUACGAGCACGUGCUGUCCCUCCUGGAGAACGUUUUCACCCCCAUGUUUUGUCACAGCGACGAGUACUUCCGCCAGCUUCUGAGAGGGGCCGAGUCCCCUGCCAGGAAUUCCAGGAUGAGCAGAAAUAGCCUCAGUUUGGAUGACAUUCGUUCCUGGGACUGGAGCCCCGAGUCCCCGUCCUCACUGUUCACCGCCUCUGGCAGCUCUUCACCCGCAUCCUUUAACUCCCUCCAUGCCCAGUCCACGUUCACAACUUUACCAUACGGCUCGCUAUCCCACCGCCACUCAUCACCCAAGAACACGUCGAAGAGGGGCGAGUCCUUCGGGAUCAGCCGCAUUGGCAGUAAGAUCAAAGGGGUGUUCAAGAGCACUACCAUGGAGGGGGCCAUGCUGCCAUCCUACGGGCUGGUGGAGGGAGAGGACGAUAUGGUGGAGGAAGCCAUGAUGGUGCUGGAGGACGACUCCCCCAUGGAGGCGGCCUCCACCCCCAGCACCCCUCGGAACCUCUCAGCCUGGAACAUCACCAUCCCGUACAUCGAUUUCUAUGACGACGACGUGAAGAGGGAGAGGAUUCCUGUGUUCUGUAUCGAUGUGGAGCGCAACGACCGGAAGGCAGUGGGACACGAGACUGAGCACUGGUCUGUGUACAGAAGAUACCUGGAGUUCUACGUCCUCGAAUCGAAGCUCACUGAGUUUCAUGGCUCGUUUCCAGAUGCACAGUUGCCUUCGAAGAGAAUCAUCGGUCCCAAGAAUUAUGAGUUCCUCACAUCCAAGCGAGAGGAGUUCCAGGAAUACCUUCAGAAACUUCUACAGCACCCGGAGCUGAGCAACAGUCAGCUCCUCGCCGACUUCCUGUCCCCUCAUAGUAUGGAGUCUCAGUUCUUGGACAAGAUGCUACCUGACGUCAACCUGGGGAAAAUCAUUAAGUCAGUUCCCAGCAAGCUGAUAAAAGAGAAAGGGCAGCAUCUGGAGCCCUUCAUCCAGUCCUUCUUCAACUCUUGUGAAUCUCCCAAACCCAAACCCAGCCGCCCCGAGCUCACCAUCCUGAGCCCCACCUCAGAAAACGAUAAAAAGCUCUUCAACGACCUGUUCAAAAACAAUGCCAACCGGUCAGAGUUGACUGAGAAGAGACACAAUCAGAAUUACUUCAUGGAGAUGAUCACUGUUGAAGGGGUGUAUGACUACUUAAUGUUUUUGGGACGAGUUGUCUUCCACAUUCCAGACUGGCUGCACCACCUGCUAAUGACAGGCAGGAUGCUGCUCAAGAACACAAUCGAAGCCUACACAGAUUAUUACCUUCAGUACAAGCUGAACCAGGUGGUGCAGGAGCACCGGCUCGUCUCCCUCAUCACUCUGCUUAGAGACACAGUUUUUUGUGAGAGCAGUGCACCCCGCUCGGCUCAAGACAAGCAGAGGCGGGCGAAGAAGACAUUUGAGGAGAUGAUGACCUAUAUUCCAGACUUCCUCGCGAAAUGUAUCGGAGAAGAGGCCAAGUACGAAGGCGUACGUCUGCUCUUUGAUGGACUCCAGCAGCCAGUUCUGAACAAACAGCUGACAUAUGUGCUGUUGGACAUCGCAAUUCAAGAACUCUUUCCGGAGCUGAACAAGGUCCAAAAGGAGGCGUCUGUGAUGGCUCCGUGGAUGUAAAAUGGACAGUUCAGUGAACAUGAGCCAACAUGCUUACGCCCACACUAACUCAGAGACUUUUGUCGGCCCCGUCACCUGAAACUAACAUCAAUCACAGGUGAAACAGCUGUUCUGAUUACCUGCCACAACAAGGAGAGGAAACAUGGGGCCCCUGCUGCUUUAUCCAUUAUUCACUUUGUAAAAUAAAUUGUAUAAAUAAAUUACAUAACGGCA